AUGUUGUCAACUUUCCUCGCAAUCGGCCUGGUGCCAUUGCUGGUCACUGCUCAACUCUCUGGCUCUGUGGGCCCUACAACUUCAUACGCUGAUAAGGCCAACAACAAAACCUGCAACGUUCUCGACUACGGUGGUGUCGCAGAUAACUCAACCGAUGUCGGUCCCGCUAUUAGCUCAGCUUGGGAUGAAUGCAAGGAUGGCGGUGUUGUCUAUAUCCCGUCUGGCGCUUACGCUCUCGACACAUGGGUCACUUUGACUGGGGGUAGCAGCUGUGCUAUCAAUAUUGAUGGAGUUCUCUACCGGACUGGAACCGAUGGGGGUAACAUGAUCUACGUCGAACAUACUACCGACUUCGAAUUGCUCAGCUCGACUUCCGAAGGUGCAGUGCAAGGCUUUGGAUAUGAGUUCCAUGCCAAUGGCAGCAUCUCUGGACCUCGUAUUUUGCGUCUUUAUGAGGUCGUCGACUUUUCCGUUCACGACCUUGCCCUUGUCGAUUCCCCUGCGUUCCAUUUCUCUAUGGAUACCUGUGAAAAUGGCGAGGUUUAUAAUAUGAUUAUUCGUGGCGGAAAUGAGGGUGGACUGGAUGGUAUUGAUGUGUGGUCGACCAACAUCUGGAUUCACGAUGUCGAGGUAACUAAUAAGGAUGAGUGUGUCACCGUGAAGAGCCCAGCCCAGAACAUCUUAGUGGAAAGUAUUUACUGUAACUGGAGUGGUGGAUGUGCUAUGGGCUCUUUGGCGACAGGCAUUAACAUCUCUGACAUUACCUAUCGCAACAUCUAUACCUGGUCCUCGAACCAGAUGUAUAUGAUCAAGAGUAAUGGUGGAAAUGGUACAGUUUCUAACGUCCUCCUUGAGAACUUCAUUGGCCACGGGAACGCCUACUCUCUCGACAUCGAUCAAUACUGGAGCAGUAUGAGCACCGCAGACGGCGACGGCGUGCAACUUAAUAAUAUCACUUUCAGCAACUGGAAGGGCACCGAGGCCAAUGGCACCGCGCGCGGUCCCAUUCAAGUAAAAUGCGCCGAUACUGCACCCUGCACCGACAUCACCAUCGAAGACUUUGCCAUGUGGACCGAGGAGGGUGACGCCCAGUGGUACAAGUGUGAGAGUGCCUACGGCGAGGGCUUCUGCUUGGAGAGCGGGAGCGAAGAUGAUUACACCUCCUAUAGCACAACUGUUACUGCGACUGUUGCUCCGUCAGGAUACUCUGCUGCUACCAUGGCGUCGGAUCUGACCGCUGCCUUUGGUACUGCCUCGCCUAUUCCUAUUCCUGCUAUCCCGACCUCGUUUUACCCUGGUCUUACCCCUUACAGCGCUCUGGCUAGUGCUUCGGCGACUUCGGUGUACCCUGUUCGGGUUUAA